AUGGAGCUGUAAUCCUUAGAACAAUGUUACCAUGGAAACCAUAAGAGCAUCUGUCAAAUGUAAAUAUUAUAACAAAGAUAAUCUGAAGAGGUGGCUCGCAGAAAUUGACUGAAAUGGAGAAACUUCACCUGGAAGAGAAGGCAUCACUGGAAGAGAACCAAACCUGCACAAACCCAGGCGGCCAUGAUGAUAAAGUCUCAGUUGGUCCCAGCGAUGGACAGCAGGUUCAGCCCACCCAGAGGCUGCAGAACAAACACCGUUGUGACAAGUGUCUGAAACAUUUCAGAUGGAAGAAGUAUCUGAAAAUUCAUCAACGUCUUCACACUGGAGAGAAGCCUUAUAGCUGCAGUCAGUGUGAGAAGAGAUUCAGAUUUACUUCAGUACUGAAGCAUCACCAGAAAAUCCACACUGGAGAGAAGCGCUAUCUCUGUGACCAGUGUGGAAAGGCUUUUAUUCAGAAGGUUAGUUUUAACCGCCAUCAGCGAAUCCACACUGGUGAAAAGCCUUAUAGCUGCAGUCAGUGUCAGAAGAGAUUCAAAGAUUCCUCAGGGCUGACGUAUCAUAAGCAUAUCCACACUGGUGAAAAGCCGCAUAGAUGUGAUCAGUGUGAGAAGGCAUUCAUAUGUUCCUCAAGUCUGAAGCGUCAUCAGCGAAUCCACACUGGUGAAAAGCCUUAUGGCUGCAGUCAGUGUGAGAAGAGAUUCAGAGAUCCGUCAGUGCUGAAGCAUCAUCAGAAAAUCCACACUGGAGAAAAGCCGUAUAGAUGUGACCAGUGUGAGAAGACAUUCAAAGAUUCCUCAGGGCUGAUGUAUCAUAAGCAUAUCCACACUGGAGAAAAGCCGUAUAGAUGUGAUCACUGUGAGAAGACAUUCAAAAGUUCCUCAAAUCUGAAGAGUCAUCAACGAAUCCACACUGGUGAAAAGCGCUAUCUCUGUGACCUGUGUGGAAAGGCUUUCUUUCAGAAGGGUAAUUUUAACAGCCACCAGCGAAUCCACACAGGAGAAAAGCCUGAUCCACAUAUGACAGCAGCAACAUCUGGAAUGUGAGGGAACUUCUUUCUCUCCUCCUGUCUUCUAUCACUAUGGCGACAACAGCCGGUGCUGUCAGUAACAUUUAUAUCAAUAAUAAUAACAAGCAUGCAAA